CUAGGGGUGCGGGAGCCGCGCGGGGGAGGGUGCGGGCCCCGCGAGGGGCCAGCGGGCGGCCCGUCGGCUUGCUGGGCAAUAGGAAAUGGUUUAUUAGGAGGGAGUGGUGGAGCGGGGCCAGGCAGGAAGACGCUGAAAUAAGAAACAUUUUUGCUCCAGCCCCUUUCCCAGUCCCGGGAGGCCGCCGCGCCAGCUGCGCAGAGCGAGCCCCUCCCCGGCCUCAGCCCCGUCCCGGGCCGCGCCCCGACUCCCGCUCGCCCGCCAGCCUCGUCGGGGGACCGCGGGGGAGAAGAGGGGCCGCCGCCUGGGGCGACGCAGCGCCCCGCCGUCCGCAAAGCGGCCCCGAGAAAUGAAGAAGAGAGUAGCUUCUGAAACACUCAUUUGCAUGGGACCUGGGUGCUGCUGAUUACGGAUCAUAAUUACUCCUCUUAGCACUCCACCAAACUUCUGGAAAAGUUCAACCUCAGCUAGCCAUGAAAGGUCAAAUGACCAUGUACUUGGACUCAGGCAGGAGUGGCAUUCUGAUACUACUAAUGGCCUUGGGCAUGACCCAGGGUGACUCUUCCAAGACUCCUCCGGGUCCGAGGGUGACCUGCACUUGUCAAGGCCCAACCUGCCAGUUGCCCAUCUGCCAGGGGAUCUGGUGUACAGUAGUGCUGGUGAGGGAGGAGGGCAAUCACCUUCAGGAGUACCGGGGUUGUGGGAGCAUCAACCCCGAGGUCUGCAGGGGGCAGCCAACUGAGGUUUUUCACCACUACUGCUGCUCCAGCUCCUUCUGCAACAGCAAUGUGUCCCUGAAGCUAGAGGCCACGCAAACUCCGGAGUAUCCAGAAGCAGAUGGACAACUGCCUCUGAUCCUGGGCCCUGUGCUGGCCCUACUGGCCCUGGUCGUCCUGGGCACCCUGGGCCUGUGGCAUGUCCGAAGGAGGCAGGAGAAGCAUCGGAGCCUGCUCAGUGAAUUGGGCGAGUCCAGCCUCAUCCUGAAGGCCUCUGAGCAAGGGGACAGCAUGUUGGGGGACCUCCUGGACAGUGACUGCACCACAGGCAGUGGCUCAGGACUUCCCUUCCUGGUGCAGAGAACAGUGGCACGGCAAGUUGCCCUCAUGGAGUGUGUGGGAAAAGGUCGCUAUGGCGAAGUGUGGAGGGGGCUGUGGCAUGGUGAGAGUGUGGCAGUCAAGAUCUUCUCCUCAAGGGAUGAGCAGUCCUGGUUCCGGGAGACGGAGAUUUACAACACAGUGUUGCUCAGACAUGAUAACAUCCUAGGUUUCAUCGCUUCUGACAUGACAUCCCGCAACUCCAGCACUCAGCUGUGGCUCAUCACGCACUAUCACGAGCAUGGCUCACUCUAUGACUUUCUUCAGAGACAGACUCUGGAGCCGCAAUUGGCCCUCAGGCUGGCCGUGUCCGCGGCCUGUGGCCUGGCGCACCUGCACGUGGAAAUCUUCGGCACCCAGGGCAAGCCUGCCAUCGCCCACCGAGAUCUUAAGAGCCGCAACGUAUUGGUCAAGAGCAACCUACAGUGUUGUAUCGCUGACCUAGGUCUGGCUGUGAUGCACUCCCAGGGGAGCGAUUACCUGGACAUUGGUAACAACCCAAGAGUGGGCACCAAGCGGUACAUGGCCCCCGAGGUGCUGGACGAGAAGAUCCGCACUGACUGCUUCGAGUCCUACAAGUGGACUGACAUCUGGGCUUUUGGUCUUGUGCUGUGGGAGAUCGUUCGCCGGACCAUUGUCAAUGGCAUUGUGGAGGACUACAGGCCACCCUUCUAUGACGUGGUGCCCAAUGAUCCCAGCUUCGAGGACAUGAAGAAAGUUGUGUGUGUGGACCAGCAGACCCCCACCAUCCCCAAUCGCCUGGCUGCAGACCCGGUCCUGUCAGGCUUGGCUCAGAUGAUGCGGGAGUGCUGGUACCCCAACCCGUCUGCCCGUCUCACUGCUCUACGCAUCAAGAAGACAAUACAGAAACUCAGCAACAAUCUGGAGAAGCCCAAAGUGAUUCACUAGCCCAAGCCUAAUGCCUGGCUCCCCUCUGCCUGUAGAGGAGCAAGGGACAGUAGAUGGUGGCCUAUCUGGGUAGAAGUCACAUGAAUGUGUGUGCUAGGGAGGAUGUCCCUGUAUGGGUGGCUGUGUCUGCCCAGCCCAGCUUGCUCCCCAGACCAUCUAGCCUAAAAUACAGCUGGACUGAAACCUGAUUCCCCCCUGUCUAGUCUGCUCAGAGCUGCAGGCUCUCUGACGCCUGGCUGCCUCCCCACCUCAGGCUGUAGGCAUACCCCCUCCUAUCCCCAGGACAAGAGGCAAGAAUGACCUCACAGCCUGGGUGGCCCAGCCAGUGAAUCCCAGCCCUGGGUCCUGGGCCCAGAGCCCAAGCCUGCACUUUACUCCUUGCCCUCAGUCAACCCCACUGCCUGCUCUCCCCAGCUACCAGGGUAGAAGGACUCUGUUCAGCCAGCAGUAGACAUCCAGCCCUGCCAGGUCUCAGCCUCUACCACACCCAGACACUGAGGGCCCAACAGUUUCUCUCCAUGGCUUUGUGUCCCAGCUGCAUGACCCCUUGAGCUUCUGGGUCCCUGGUGUGAUGCCGGCUGCCAGGAAGGACUGGGACUUGAUACUAUGCCCACCCCACUGGCCUUUUAGCUGACCUGUUAGAACAUCAGACUAAAAAAGGGUUCUGCUGAGGGUGUGGCAGGGUCAGAGGUCAGUAGAAGGUCAUAUGGAUAACAAUCAGGGCUUUUGAGAGGAUGAUGAGGUUUGGCUAAGAGGUAGGAGACCCUGGAUGCAUGCUGUGUAUGACAAGAAGAAAGUCCUCACUGGCCCCAGGAUUUUUGUUUCUUCAUCUGGAUUGCAAAAGCUUUGAUCUAGAUGUCUCCCGAGGUGUCUCAACUCUUGACUGUCUUUCAGUGACCCCAGCUCUUGGCAAUAUGGGGAUUUGAAAAGAACUUUUUAGGAGACUUCAGAGGAAUCUAAUUCUACAAGCUCUAGCUCUUGCCCUAAGCUGUACCAGUGGUCAUUCUUACCAUCAGACAUACUGGGGUCUUCUCGCUAGGAAGCUGGCUGCCCAGCACCCCCUGGUUUGGCCUUCUUGUCCCCAGGACUGAAGGCUAGCUUCCUGUGGGGCCUCCUCCAAUGCACAGAAGAAAAUUGACUCCAGCCAACAAGCCUCUAGCACCUAGUGCUGUUCCUCAACUACCCAGGCCUACACCCUUGGCCAGGCCCUGGAGAAAUAACGCAGAAGGUUUAGCACUUGUUUUUAGCACUUGAAAGUAUCAAGAGUAUAUGUCCACUUACUGGGGAGGCUAUCCAAAACCUUAGGUGGAAGAUGGACUGGAAGAGAGGGGUUGGAGAUAGAGAAGGUAUUGGAACAUGUAGGGAGCUCAUACUCCAGACAGAGACAGUUCCAAAUUUGAGCAGAUAGGGCUUUGCAAAACUCAGCCUUUGGGGCACGAUAGAGGGACACCCCCCCGCCCCCCGCUUCCCUGCAGGUAUGAAGACAGGACAGGUUCUGCCCUUCCUGCUGGAGAUGACCCAGCACAGCCUCUGCAGCAGGCAAAUGUCUUGAAUGUUUCUUCCACCAUCUUGUAGCACUUUCCCAGGCCUGACUCUCAGCAUUGUGCAAGAGAAGAAUCAGGAAGUGAAACUGGGUGCAAACAGAAAGUAAGAUGGACCCACUGCAUUCCUAGGUCUCCCCAGGCCAGCUUGCAUGUGGCUGGGACUCUGCAAGCCCAAGUCUGCCCCCUGAUGAAUGUUCUCUGCUGGAAUCUGGGGCCAACAAUCUCCUCCUGAAACUCUACAGUCAAAACCAGAAGGUGGCAAUUCUCCAAAGACUGGAAAAUGACUCCAAGGCUGUCCAAGGCUGGGGGAAGAUGGAGAAGAAGGAGCACUGCAGAAGGACAGGUGGUGGCGAGAGAGAGAGAAGGAGGCAUUGGGGAGAGCAGGCUGCAUACUGCUCCAAGCGCAGGAAGGUGCUUCAGGAUGGAUAUUGCACUUCUCUUCCCUGGAGAUGCUGUUUAUGAGAGCAUUUAGUACAUGCUUAGCACAUAGCAGGUCCUCAAUAAACCAUGGUUGAUUCUGGA